UUUCAGUAAAGCUGAUAAAGUGGAACGAUUGUGUUGAAGCCAUUUUUUCCUUAAUACAUUUAAACGUCGAAAAUUAUGUCUUUAAGUGACAAAACGAAUGUUACGACUAUAGAGAGAGACGACAGGAAAAGCAUACGAAAGCAGAAACGUGCUCAUCACAGGUUGCUCCGAGACAUGAACAUUAAAUGUACCGAGCAGCCUACGCAGCACCUGAUGAUAUGCAAUGGUGGUCUAGUUACUGGUAUCAAGAGAGAGACAUUGCAGUGUGUAUUAGACCCUCUGAUCUCCAAGUAUACUUUGAUAAUGCCAACAAGCAAGUCAUACUGCUUCGUAACGUGCAGCUCAAAGGAGGAUGCAACAUGUGUAUACAACUAUAUUAAUGGACGCAUUAAGCUUCCGGGUCAGAAUGGCCCAUUAUAUGUAUGCUAUACCGAAACAGUUUCUGCCACAGAUUAUGUUGUGUCCGAUCCUGCAUUUCCCCCUGGUCUUACUUUAAUGGAGAAUUUCAUAACAGAAGAGCAAGAGAAAAUUUUGUUAGGAACGCUCAAUUGGGACAAAUGUAAAAAUGUGAUAGAUUUGCAGUCAAUUAAUUGGGAUGAAUAUGCUAGUACUUUAGCAACUGUCUGGUCGCAACUGAAAUACAGAGAUGUAAAACAUUUUGGGUACGAAUUCGAAUAUGACACAAACCUAGUAAAUCCUGACAAACCUAUCGAGCCAAUUCCCCAAGAAUACAAAUUUUUGCAAACUUUAUUUGACAAGCAUGGUCAUAAGUAUACUUAUGAUCAGUUGACUAUCAACAGGUAUCUACCUGGGCAAGGUAUACCACCGCACAUUGACACACAUAGCGUCUUCGAAGACACUAUAUUAUCUCUGUCACUAGGAUCCACAUGGAUCAUGAACUUCAAGAAGGAAGAUAAAAAAAUCGAUGUUCUCCUACCAGCCAGAUCUUUAUUAAUUAUGACAGGAGAAGCGAGAUAUGCAUGGACACAUGGCAUUUGUCCUCGUUACAGUGAUGUUAUCAAGACAGAAAAUGGACCUACAUCGCAGGAACGUGAUAUCAGAGUAUCUUUCACCUUCAGAAAAGUACGACGUGGUGAAUGCUACUGUGAUUUCAAAAACUACUGUGAUACUGCAAAACGUGAAACUUUCAUUGACGACAAGGCAGCGUCGGGAUUGGAAAGUUCAUAUGUACAUAAGGUUUAUGAGGAAAUAUGUAAUCACUUUAGCGAGACGCGACAUAAACAGUGGCCCAACGUAACAAAAUUCCUUGAAAGUUUAGAAGAAGGCACAUUGCUUUUGGAUGUGGGUUGCGGGAAUGGCAAAUAUCUUUGUGGAGAUCAGAAUGUAUAUAAGAUGGGAUGUGAUCAUAGCUCUGGAUUGAUGGGUAUAUGUCGCAAACGAAACUUCGAGGUUCUUCAGUGUAACUGCCUAUAUUUACCGUAUAAAGAUGGUUCCGUGGAUGCGAUAAUCAGUAUUGCAGUUAUUCAUCAUUUAUCCACUGAGGAACGGAGACUACGAGCUAUCUCCGAGAUAGUUCGAGUGCUGAGACUAAAAGGGAGAUGUUUGAUUUAUGUGUGGGCAAUGGAGCAACGCAGGAAUUCCCAGGAUUCGCUCUAUUUAAAGUCUGGCAAAAAAAGCAAGGAAUCUGAGAGGAUCAAUCAGAGCAGAAUCAAUCAUGAGAGAAUCUCCGAGUGUAAUUUAAUGUUACCGAUUCACGAAAAUAGGAUGGUCUUCCCUCAGAGCGACAUGCUGGUUCCCUGGACCAAGAAGAGCGGUGAACAUUUUCUGAGAUAUUAUCAUGUAUUUCGUGAUGGCGAGCUCGCGAGAUUGUGCACAAAAAUACCAUCGGUCUCCAUUAAGGAGGUGUACUAUGAUCAAGGCAAUUGGUGUGUGAUUUUGGAGAAAUGUACAGAGAUUAUAGAAUAAAAAUUAGAUUGAG